CUUUGCAACUCGACACAUCCACUCUUACAUCGCAUCCAUCGACGCUACACUCGUCAAGACUGAGAAAAAGGACACUAGGGCGUCACUCUACGCGCUCUCGCCAUGUCCGCACUAGUAGACUACCCCACCUUCUCGGACAGCCCGUUCUUCUUCGACCGGCGCAACCUGCACAUCCCGCAGGAGGAGGGCGGCCAUGUAGCGGCCCACUCUGCUCCCCGUGUCGCGUACUUUCAUCCCAAGGAUGUCGGAAACUACCACUAUGGCGAAAGACAUCCCAUGCGGCCCCACCGCCUCGAGCUCACCAACAACCUCGUACUCGGGUACGGCAUGCACGAGAAGAUGUCGAUGUACAACCCGCGCCCGGCGACCGAGGACGAGCUGCGCGAGUUCCACGACGCGGAUUAUGUCGACUUUCUCAAGAGAGUGACGCCGAAAAAUGCCCAGACGCUCACCAAGGACUACUCGAUGUACAAUAUCGGCGACGACUGCCCCGUGUUCCACGACCUGUUCAAGUUUUGCGAGCAGUACGCCGGUGCUAGUCUUGCCGCGGCGCGCCAACUCGCCAACGAGAGCACCGACAUUGCCAUCAACUGGAGCGGCGGACUGCACCACGCCAAGAAGGGCGAGGCGAGCGGAUUCUGCUACGUCAACGACAUUGUGCUGGCGAUUCUCGAGCUGCUGCGCGUUCACCCGCGUGUGCUGUACAUCGACAUCGACAUCCACCACGGCGACGGUGUGCAGGAGGCGUUCUACUUGUCGAACCGCGUCUUGACCGUGUCGUUUCACAAGUACGCCGUCGACUUCUUCCCCGGUACCGGCAACCUGAGCGAGAUUGGCGCCAACUUGGGCAAGCACUUUACGCUCAACGUGCCGCUCCAGGACGGCAUUGACGACGAAAGCUACAUCUCGCUGUUCAAGGCGGUGAUGGAGCCCGCGAUCACGACGUUCCGCCCAAGCUCUAUCGUCCUGCAGUGUGGUGCCGACUCGCUGGGUCUCGACCGUCUCGGCACUUUCAACCUGUCGAUUGCCGCGCACGGCGAGUGCGUGCGCUUCAUCAAGGAGUUCGGAUUACCGCUGCUCGUUCUCGGCGGUGGUGGAUACCGACAGUCGUCGGUUGCCCGGUGUUGGGCAUACGAGACGGGUGUGCUCGCUGGUGUCGACCUGCCCAACCACCUCCCAAUGAACAACUACUACGAGUUCUUUGGGCCCGACUACCAGCUCCACCCGCCGCUCACUGGAAGAAUACAAAACUUCAACACACGGCAGAGCCUGGAGCGGAUCCGCAUGUCGAUCCGCGAGAAGCUGCGGUACAUGAACGGGGCGCCAAGUGUACAGAUGCAGGAGAUCCCGCCGGAUCUCAUGGGGUUCCUGGAGGCGGAGGAACGGAGUAAGGAAGAGCGGGACGAGGAGGCCAACAACGGGACGGCGGGCGAUGAGCGGAGCGACGGCCCGGGCAAGCAGAACGAGUAUUUCGAUCCCGAGGUCGCCCACGAGGACGGCGACUUGAUAACGAUUUCGUCGAGGGGGAAGCGGACAAUGAGGUUUUAGGGGGCGCCGCAGGUGCAGCGCGCACGCGCGGCGCGCUGCGGUCGCGCCCGUCACAACCCACACACGAUAACCCGGAUACGAUACCACUCCACCCGCCAUACCCAGCACGCACCGCCUUGAUGCCCUGCAUCCAUCCAUACCAUGUUGUAGCGCUAGAUGUAGAGUUCUACGAGUGCCACGGGCCGCGCCUACGAGAGGGUGUGCUCGCCGGUAGGCGUGGAGAUGACGGCGCUGAGCACGGGCCCAGCGGCAUCGCUGACGACGACCCGCGCGUCGUCAAGCCCAGCCGCAACAAAGGCCUUCUUGAGCUCCUCGGCGCGGGGGUGGCGGAUCUCGAGGCGGACGAGACGCGCCCCGACGUCGGGCAGGCCCGGGGCAACAGGAUGCGGGUGCGUGACGCCCCACUGAAUAAGGGACGGGAACGCGCCGUCGGCGGCCAGGCCGCCGUCGUCGCGCAGCGUGAGGUGCCAGUGGAGGUCGCCGCGGGCCAUAGGCUUGGGCGAGCCGACAUCAAAGCCGGCCGCCUUGGCCGCCUCGGCGGCAGCGUGCACGUCGUCAGAGCGCGCAAUCCAGUGGUGUACCCGCACCCCUGACAGGUCGGCGCUCGAGAGCCCGAACAGGCGCGGGUGGGAGGGCACAGGCGCCGCGGGGUUGAUGGCCAGGAUCUCGAGGUAGAAGUCGUCUCCGAGGUUCAGGAGCGCGUUGUGCGUCCCGUGUCCGGCGUGCUCUCCCCCUCGGCGGGGGGAGAGGGACACGCCGAGCGCGGACUCGAUGUGCGCGAUGCCCGUCGCGAGGUCGGGCGCGGUGAGGACUAUGUGGUCGGCCUUGGUAGUGGGCAUUGUGCGGGGAGGGGUUGUGCGAGG